AAUUCACCACUGUCUUCUCUCCUCGUUUAGGUUGUAAGGAUCGAGAAAACAUUUAACCUACCAACCGAAAACAAAUACCACACCACCAGCUAGCAGGUACAGCUUCAUCAACACACAUGAGGACUGCAUCAUCAGCAUAAUGCCAUAUUUAGAGAAAAGGGAGAUCAACCUAGAUUCUUUACUCCUCAAAGCUAAAGAUUGCAAGGAAGUUGACAAUGCAAACUGUCUGAGAGAAGACAGAAAUUUCCUCAAUGAGGUAAUAAGGAAUGCAGUUACUGCUACAGGGGUCAGAAGAGUGAAAGGAGGGGAAUUUAAUAAGUUACUGACCAAGAUACAAGAAAAUGUGACAAAUAUUGAUGUCAACAACAAACAUCUGAUAAGGAUUUUGAAAAGCAAAGUCAUCAAUGUCAUAAAACAUCUGAAGAAGAGAGAGGUGUCACCUGAUAGAGAAUAUAAGUUAAACAAAUAUAAGCACCAGACACUGGCAACAGAAGAUGAGACACAGAGUAUGGAGGAACUUUUAAAAUCUGGGAACCUGCUUUGCCUUUUGGAUUAUCAGAAAGUGCCAAUUGCGAAAGCCAUAGUUAUGGCAUAUCCAUGUACCGAUGAGUACAUAUGUGAUAUUGAGAAAGCAGACGAGUGGGUUUCAGUUAAGAUUUACACCAAGAGAAGGAAAUCUACACUUACCAUGUUGCCAUCAAAUAAUGCCAAACAGUGUUGGAAUGAAAUAGGGAAAAACAAUUUGUUGUCUUGGCCACUGAAAAUGGUUUGUGACGUCCGCAGAUAUGAUCAGUGUGUAAAAGAGGACCAGAAACAGAAACAGAUCCUUCGUAAACAAAAAACAAAAACUUCCUCCCUGUGUGGCCAACCAGUUCAAUCUCCUGCUAGCGCACCUCAACUUCCAACUGUUCAACUUCCAUCGAGCACAUCUCAACAGUCCACUGUCGGACCUCCAGGCGACACACCUCAACUUUUAACUGUUCAACCCCCAGCCAGCACAUCUCAACAGUCCACUGUCGGACCUCCAGCCAGCAUAUCUCAACAGUCUACUGUCGGACCUCCAGACGACACACCUCAACUUUCACCUGUUCAUUCUCCAGCCAGCACAUCUCAUCAGUCCAUUGUCGGACCUCCAGCCAGCACAUCUCAACAGUCUACUGUCGGACCUCCAGAUGACACACCUCAACUUUCACCUGUUCAUUUUCCAGCCAGCACAUCUCAACAGUCCACUGUCGGACCUCCAGACGACACACCUCAACUUUUAACUGUUCAACCCCCAGCCAGCACAUCUCAACAGUCUACUGUCGGACCUCCAGAUGACACACCUCAACUUUCACCUGUUCAUUCUCCAGCUAGCACACCACAACUUCCUACUGAACCUUCAUCAGAAGCUGCUCAAGAGUUGAUAGCAGGGGACAUGAUUUGCCUUUUGGAUUAUCAGGGAUUUGCAAUUGCAAAAGCCAUAGUUAUGGCAUAUCCAUGUACUGAUGAGUACAUAUGUGAUAAUGAGAAAGCAGACGAGUGGGUUUCAGUUAAGAUUCAAACUAAAAAAAGGAAUUCUACACUGCACGUUUUGCCAUUAUCAAAUAAUGCCAAACAGAGUUGGGAGAAUGUAGGGAAAAACAGUUUCUUGUCCUGGCCACUGAAAAUGGUUGGUGACAUCAGCAUAUAUGGUCAGCAUAAACAAGAGGAAACAAAAGAGAGACAGGUUCUUCAAAGAAUCCUUCCCUCCAUUCCGGAUAAAUUUACUGCUCAAUUUCCAGCUUAUACACAACUUCCUGCAGAACCUUCAUCUGAAAUUGUUCAGGAGUCUGAAGCAAAAUUAAAGCUCCAUGACUUUGUGGAAGUGAGAUUCCCAGUUUUAAGGGGGAGAAAGAAGUCAUCAGAGACGUUUUUGGGACAGGUUUUGGAUGCGGAAAAAAUCAUGGUCAAAUUCCUCAAGAAAGUUUCAAGAAAGAUUUAUGUGUGGCCAAAGAUUGAUGACAUUUGUGAGGUGGAGGCCAGCGAGAUAUUAAGAGUGAUGGAUGUUCCAAAAAUGGACAAUAGAGAACAGUUGAUUUUCUCAUAGAUGCUUUAUAGUGUAUGGUAUAAUAGUGAAUCAGGCUGGUGUGAAUGUUCAAAUACUAUAUUGCAUAAUAUACAAUUAUAGCCUUUUGACAAGGUUGUUAGGUAGUUUUAUUAACCUGAAAAAGUAUUAACUGAGGAUGAAGUCAGAGGUUAGUUUUUCAGGUUAAUAAAAUCAUACAUUUUUGUAUUUUGUAUAUUGACGGAAAUCAAAAGACCAAAAUUAUAGUUUAUUAUAAUUUUUUUAGUUGUAUUAAAAACGAUUUGAAUGCAUGUAACACUUAUAGUGGUAGAAACUGAUUUGUGAAGCAUUUGUAAAGAAUCCAUAUAACUUUUAAACAUAUGUAAUGAAAAAAUAAAACAUUGCAUCGUUUAGUGCAAUAAUCCUUAAGAUGAUUCAACAUUUUACAAAUCAAAGUUAUUGUUUGUCAUGUUUCAAAACCUGCAAGAUUUUAUACACUGUUGAACAAUACUAAGGGGAAAUGAUUCAUAGUUAAUUUUUUUGUGGAAACAUCCAGUAAACCAUCAUUUUACCAGCUUUUCUUGCAUGGCCACUCAAUACAACUUUUUAUUGGGAAUCAUGUGACACUCUUUUAGCCAAUCAGAAAGUGUGAAGGACACAAUUUUAUAAUGAUACUUAAUACAUUGAAGCACAUCAAUUACUGAAAUCAGUAUAAGUAGUAUCUCACUGCUCAUAACACGUUUAUCAUAAUAUCAUUAUAUUAGUACUAUGUUAAUGUAAUCUAAAGCAUAUGAACAAGAUUGUGAUUUAAAACGGUGAUAAAGUAGUGAUGUGAUGACAUAAAUACAUUGUAUGAGUGUGGUUUCAUUGACAUUCAAUUGUUGGUAGAUAUAAUGUUUUGAUGGUCUAAUGAUUCUGCUAUUGAUAACGAUAUAUAAGAAACAGGCAAAUAUGUUACUUGGCGUAGCUUUGUUUGAUUUUGAGGAUGUACAAUGUAUUAUAAUUUUUAAAUUCAAAGUCUCAAGUGACCUAUUCUUGUCGCUUUUUGUUCGACGUCAUCUGUCCUGCAACGUCUAUCCUCCGUUGUUCGUCCGUAAACAAUAUUUAUUUUUGACUCGGAAACCAUUGAACCAAUUUUAAUGAAAUAUAGCAGAAACCUUACAUGGCCGUAGGUCACCCAAAAUUGUGACAUAUUUGGUCCCCCCCCCCACAGGGAACUGAGGAGUAGGGCAAAAAAGGGCAGAUAAACUGAAUAUUCAAAACAAAUUCUUCUCAGAACCCAAAUAAGGUAGAAUCAAAUAGUCUUCAUACAUGGAAGGGUCUUUAGGUGCUGUACCCAAUUGUGAAUUUCACGACCCAUGGGUCCCACGUUUGCCUCUGCAGAAGGGGAUUUACUAUAGUUUAUAAAGGGAAAUCACAUUUAAAAAUUGACUAUCAUUUGUUUGGUUUCUUUUGGAAUUACACUGUAAUUCUAACUUGGUUAAUAUUAUCAGAAUUGGAUGAUAUUUUGAUGGUAAGCACAUAUUGGCCCUGACUGACCGCCAGGGGUUGAUGGGCGGAACCAAAAUGUUCAAAUUAACUGAAAUAUUUUAAAACUCAGGUGACCAAUAUGGCCUAUGAGCCUCUUGUUGUACAUUCCGUUUAUAAGAUAAAUAUACAAUGAGUGUAAUAUACAUUUGUAUUGUUUAGGGAGUCGGAGGGUUUAAAUGAUAGACAAAAAAUAUGAAUACCCAUAAGGACAAUUCACUAACAUAUAUUCUUGCAUCCAUAAUAUUCCUCAACAUUUACCAUGUUGCAAUACAAUUGAUGAUGGCACUGGCAUUCCGCCAUAGGAUUGAUAAGGAAUACAGUAGCAAGUUUCUGUCCUAUCCAGUAUGACUUCAAAUUUUGAAUCCCAGUGUCACAUAACCAUGGACAUCAUUGUUUUUCAUUGGUUUAUUAAAUCUGAAACUAUGUGACUCAUUUUCGGGCCCCACCAUUAUAGGCACCAUAGCUCUAGUCUAAGCAACUAGCCCAACACAGGCAUGUUAGUACAAUUCAGAAGUUUAAAAUGACGAAAUAAAGGAUACAUAUAUACAGGUAUGCUUAAGAUGGCGGAAUUUCAGAUUUUAAGAAUGUCUUAUUCGGAAAAAAAAAUAACAAAAAAACAACUUUUAUGUGAUAAAAUUGUGUUUAAAUCAAUUUCCGUUUGAUCAGACGAGCUAUUAUAGGUACAUGAUUACUUCAUACUUACAAAAUAAAUAUGUCACGUGACAGCGAUGGUCCCAUUAUAGUUAUGUGCUAAUUAUUUUACAGAAAUUACGUCACUCGAUCAUACCCAAUGAAGACUGGCACCCGGCUAAUGAUAAAGCCAACUACCUAGCUCUUCCCUGGGAAAGUAGAGGAACUUUAACACAGAGACUUCUCGUUAACCUUGGCCUUAGGAAACACAUCUUAUAAGGAGUUUUGAUAAGAACUUUUAUGAGGAAAAAAAAUAUAUUUACAUUCAAUUUAUAAUUUUGUUCAUAGUCACAUUAUUUAGAUUUUGUAAGAAAUAUAUUAAUGAUGAUAUAUAAGCAACAAAGUUUGCUUUUUCUGUUAAGUAGAAGUCUUCAAGUUCUGAGACUGAGCUCGACCGCAAGUUGUUUACAUUGUAGAUUAUCUCGAUGUGGGGUAUGGUUACUAUUGAAAACUUACGGAUUCAUGGAAGUUUCUUUAUUCUAACACCUCCCGGUAGUUAAGACUAGAAUAGAAAACACCUCACUCUGACCUGCUUUUUCAAUUUUCAAAAUUUUUGGCAAUUUAUUUUUUUUAGACCUGAAAAUUAUUUAACAGAAAUUUGAAAAUUCUAGUCAACAUUUGACAGUUUUCUGUAUGUGUGUUAAUGUCAAUAUUAUAGUUUAUAACAGGUGCUAUCCUGAUUGGCUUAUCUUUAUACCAGUGAUUUAACAGGUACGUGACAUCUCAUAUUUUAGCAUUAUGUAUGUUGUGUAGAUUGUUUAUAAUGUUAAAUAUAACGUCUGCAUAUUUUUAUUGUAUUCAAUAAAACACUGUCAAAUUAGAACUGAUA